AUGAACGUGCUCGGUGGUAGACAGGGCUUGAAGGGUCCUGGCCGAUCCUUCAAGGGUGCUGUGUCGUUUAAUGGGAGGGUGGAGGACCCUGUGCACUUCCGGAAUCGGAUUGCCUAUGUGAUGCAAGAUGAUACUCUAGUGGCGACCAGUACCCCUGAAGAGAUCCUUCGCUUCUCUGCUAAUCUCAGGCUGGCUGAUACCAACAGGAAAGAGGUGAAUGAGUUAGUAUCAAAUCUUCUGGACUCAUUAAAGUUGACUAACUGCAAAGACACGGUUGUUGGUAAUGAGAUUAUCAAGGGUAUCUCUGGUGGUGAGAGGAAGAGGACUUCGGUUGGCGUAGAGCUCAUCACCAAACCAGAGAUGAUAUUCUUGGACGAGCCUCUUACUGGUCUCGACUCCUAUGCCGCUACUACCACUGUGAAGGUACUCAAGGAUCUAGCGGCUAAUGGAGUACCUGUCAUGAUCACAGUUCAUCAGCCAUCCAGUGAGAUCUUUGCUAUGUUUGAUAAUAUCGUAGUUAUUUCGGAAGGCUGUAUCGUGUACGAUGGUCCCAGGAAGGAGCUUGUCAACUUCUUUUAUGAAAAUGGUGGUUAUAAGUGCCCGAGUAACUACAAUCCUGCUGAUUACGUAUUGUACGUGUUGCAGACUGAACCGAGGGAAAAUAUUGAAGUUCUCGUUGAUGCAUAUAAAGCUUACUUCGAGAAGCGGAUGAUGUCAGGAAUAGAUGAGCUCCGUGGGAAAGCUGUUCAGCAGGCUGAAGUUCAUUCGAAAGCUCGAGUAGCUUCCUUGCGAGUUCAGCUGAGGGAGUUGCUGAAAAGGGACUUCCGAGACAUCAUCAGAAAUCCAACGGUGCAAAUCAUAAAGUUUUGCAUGACCGUUUUCAUGGGGCUUAUAAUGGGCUGUGUGUUCUUCCAAGCUG